UUAUUGUUCUUCAACCUUAUCCACACAUUUUUCUUCUCUUCCAACUAAUUGGAAUCCACACUUAUUGAAUAAUUCUAGAAUUUUAUUGACACCCAAAGACACUAUCAUCCAAAUUAUCGUUCUACAUUGGUUGAUAGGUAGUCUAGGAGAGAACCUGUUUCAAUUCAAAGUCCUACUGAAAUUACACAACUGGGCCGUAGUUGUUCUAGACCCAAAUAGAACUUCUCUCUACUGAGAUUACGCAACUGGGCCGUAGUUGUUAUAUUUGAUUUGGAGUCAUCCAGGCCAGUCCCCCCAUAGACACAUUGCUCAUAGUUUUGGUGCAACAGAAAUGGUUUAUUACGCCCAUCCAAAGCCCCCAACCAGGAAAAUCGGACGAAUCAUCUACUAUUGAUGGCCUAUAAGUCGGACGAUUGGGGUUGUAUAUCAACAUUUCAUCCCUGGCCAAAAAACUAAUACAUCAACCGUCUACUAGCAACCAGUCCAAUGAGUUUGAAUCAGGAAAAAGAUAUAUAUAACGACUCCAACCAACGUCUAUUUUUUCCAAAACAAAUCUACCAGGUCAGGAUCAAAGAUCUUAUUGAAAGUAAGUCAGCUUUCUCGUGUAAAUGAUCAAAGUUUUUUAGGCAUAAAAGUCAUGAUAUUAAAUCACUAGUAUUUUCUUAGGGAGUAAUAAUAUAAACAAAGAUAUUUAAUGUGAACAUGAUCACCCAUCCAAUUUAUGACUUUAAUACAAAUUAUUCGCCACGGCUUCUUUGAGUUUGACGUUGCUCAACAUUCUAAGAAAUACUAGCCACUUCUUCUUUGGUAACCUUCUCCUAUAGAUUGUUUCGUUGACUCAACCUCAUAUAAUUAAUCUUCAAACAAACACAAAACCUGCAACCUUCUAUCAAGUUUCCAUCAUCAUGAAAUUCAUCAUCACCUUCUUUGUUCUAGUCUCCAUCCCAUACAUAACCUCACUUUCAUUCAAUUUUACAUUCACCGGUCCCCGGAGUCGAAACCCUGAAAUAGUUAUUGAACGUAAUGGAACUUACAUCUCCAAAGAUGGAAUCCACUUGACCGAAGAUCAGAUUGACGCAACCCAGAGCCAGAAAACCGGACGAGUGACAUACAUCAGGGAACUUCUUCUUUGGGACAAUAAAUCUAACGUAUCAAGCUUUUCUACCAAUUUUACCUUUGUGAUUGAUUCAAACAGGUCCGCAGAAUACGGUUAUGGCCUCACAUUCUUUCUUGCUCAGAAUAAUUCUGAGCUUAUACCUAGAGGAUCCAUGGGGCUUCCAAUGACUCCAUCAGGCAGUACCAACAGGCCUCGGUUUGUUGCUGUAGAGUUUGAUACUUUCUGGGACAUUUGGGACCCGAAUGACACUAGCAACACUCCCAUGCGUGAUCAUGUAGGUCUCAACGUUAACUCUCUUGAAUCCGUGAAGUCCCAGAAAUGGUUUAGCAAUGUAACUGGUGGAGGGGUAUGUGAAGCUUGGAUCAGGUAUGAUUCGGGUUCGAAUAAUUUUAAUGUUUCUUUCACCGGUUAUCAAAACAAUAUAGUCGUACGUCAAGAGGGAUUUACACACAACGUUGAUCUAAGUAAUGAGUUGCCUGACCGGGUAAUUUUCGGGUUUUCAGCAGCAACAGGACCUCGGUUCCAGAAAAAUAUCUUGAGAUCUUGGAGCUUCGAUAGUUGGUAUUUAGACCCGAAUCCUGAUCCAGAGGAUGGGAAAAAGAACAGGGUGGGACUAAUAGUUGGAUUAUCGGUUACAGUUCCUUUCGUGGUUAUACUUUUGGUUGUUUUAUGGAGGUGGAAGAGGACAAAAAGGAGGGAAGAUGAAGAUGAAGCUGAAGCUGAAGAUGAAGGUGAACUUGAUAUUGAGAUGAAUAAGGAUUUCGAAAUGGGUAGCGGGCCAAAAAGAUUUUCGUACCAUGAAUUAGCGGAAUCAACUGGUGACUUUGCUUUGCAGGAGAAGCUCGGGGAGGGAGGUUUUGGUGGUGUUUACAGGGGAUUCUUGAGAGAAUCAAGAACUUACAUUGCGGUGAAAAGGAUGUCGAAAACUUCCAAACAAGGGAUCAAGCAGUAUGCAUCGGAAGUCAGGAUUAUUAGCCGACUAAGGCACAAAAACCUUGUGCAACUCAUUGGUUGGUGCCAUGAGAAACGUGAACUCCUGCUUGUUUACGAGUAUAUGGAAAAUAGAAGCUUGGAUACACAUCUUUUCAAGUUAAAGAGCUUGUUGGCAUGGGGGACAAGGUACAAGAUUGCUCAUGGGUUAGCUUCGGCUUUAUUGUAUCUACAUGAAGAAUGGGAGCAAUGUGUUUUGCAUAGAGAUAUCAAACCAAGUAACGUGAUGCUGGAUUCGAAUUUCAACGCAAAGCUUGGUGAUUUUGGGUUAGCUAAGCUUGUUGACCACGAUAAAGGUGUACAGACAACCAUGUUGGCUGGAACCUUGGGUUACAUGGCUCCUGAAUGUGUAGUAACCGGCAAAGCAAGCAAAGAAUCAGAUGUCUUUAGCUUUGGAGUUGUUGCAUUGGAAAUUGCUUGUGGGCGGAAACCCAUCGAUUACAAUGCUCAAGAAUCCCAACAACGUUUGGUAGAAUGGGUAUGGGAGCUAUAUGGUACUGGGAAACUUUUAGACGCGGUCGAUCCGCGUCUAGGAUCGGAUUUUGAGGAGGAGGAAAUCAAACAGUUGAUGAUCAUUGGGUUGUGGUGCCAGCAUCCUGACUUGAAGCUUCGACCAACAAUGAGACAAGUGAUUCAAGUAUUGAACUCUGAAGCUUCCCUUCCUGUACUAUCCUCAAAGAUGCCUGUAGCGUCUUAUUCGACGCCUUCCAUGCCGUUGCUCUUUGGUGUCGCUUCUCUCGCCCAAAACCAAUCGCCAGAGCAAUGACAUGAAUAGAUUGGGGAUCGCGAAUUGCUUUAUUGACAGCGUUUUUGGACCACAAACGGAGCCAUCUUUUAUAUUUUCUGUUGAUUGUUCUGUAAGUAUCACACUGCGAACUAUUGAUCAACUUGACAAAUCCAUUGAAUCAAUCUUUUUUUUUU